AUGAUAACUGACAGAGACAUUAGAGGCUGCGCCCCGCCCUUUUUUCUGUUUGGAAAAAAAAAGUAGCCGGUUUCUCUCCCUCCGCGCUCAAGUACGCACCCAGAGCAACACCCUCUGACUCCUGCCAUCCACCAGGACCUGCGGUGUGUUUAAGUUUACUCGCUUGACGUGGCGAUUGUAAAGUUCCACGCAGAGGCAGGAUACAGAGACGAGCCUGUAUCCGUCUUUUCUCGCUUCCGGUUUCGCUCUGCGCUCUUACGCACGACCGUCGUGAUACCGUGUUACCAUGGCUACAAAUAACAUAUAUUGGAUGUAGACGGUCCCAACUUCCUUGACAGCCACAGUAUCCGCCCACUGUCAACACGGAGGAUCCGCUGGAGGCUUCGGACGCGGCAGAAACUACCUGCAUCCAGAGCGCACCGGACAGCCGCCAUCCAUGUGUUGCGCUCUUCACUUUACUUGGAAAAAACUGCCAACUGCGUACUUGACGAUAAAUCGCAUUAGAUUAGGAGCUUUUCUGGGUGUUAUUGUGUAAUUUACGGUCAUUAUGCAGGAUAAAGGCACAUUUAUCAGCCCUUUUUACAGACCGAGGUGUCUGGCGGCGGCGGCUCCGGCUGGAAAAGCGAAAUUAACUCACCCGGGGAAGGCGAUUCUGGCAGGCGGGAUUGCAGGAGGCAUAGAGAUCUGCAUCACCUUUCCCACAGAGUAUGUGAAGACCCAGUUACAGCUGGAUGAGAAGGCCAAUCCACCCAAAUACAGAGGCAUAGGUGACUGUGUGAAGCAGACAGUGCAGGGUCAUGGUGUUAAAGGAUUGUACAGAGGUCUGAGCUCGCUGCUGUAUGGAUCCAUCCCCAAAUCUGCAGUCAGAUUUGGGGUGUUUGAGUUCCUCAGUAACCACGCGAAGGAUGAGUCUGGUCGCCUGGACAGCACCAGAGGUCUGCUGUGUGGGCUCGGAGCCGGCGUCAUGGAGGCUGUUCUGGUGGUCUGUCCCAUGGAGACUGUCAAGGUUAAAUUCAUCCAUGACCAGACAUCAGCCAACCCCAAAUACAAGGGCUUCUUCCACGGAGUCAGAGAGAUCGUCAGGUCCCAAGGACUAAGAGGGACGUAUCAGGGUCUGACUGCAACGGUCCUCAAACAAGGAUCCAAUCAGGCCAUUCGCUUCUUUGUGAUGACCUCUCUCAAGAACUGGUACAAAGGCGAUAACCCCAACAAAGCUAUUAAUCCUCUGUUGACUGGACUCUUUGGAGCCAUCGCAGGAGCAGCCAGUGUGUUUGGAAACACUCCACUAGAUGUCAUCAAGACAAGGAUGCAGGGUCUGGAAGCACAUAAAUAUAAAAGCACGCUAGACUGUGCCAUGAAGAUCCUGAGAUAUGAGGGCUUGGCAGCUUUCUAUAAAGGGACAGUUCCCCGGCUGGGCCGAGUGUGUCUCGAUGUAGCCAUAGUCUUCAUCAUCUACGAGGAGGUGGUGAAGGUCCUGAAUAAAGUCUGGAAGACAGAAUGAGCUGCUGGACGUACAGAGAAGCUGGCAGCUUCCAGCACAGAUCUGAGUUCAGGAGACCUCCUCUGUAUCAUCAGCAGAGAGAGCUGAACUUAGAUCAGUGUCAUAUGCUGACCAAGAGCUCAAAGACAGAUGCUUAAGAGGAGAAAGAAAGCCUGAAUAGUGGCUCCACAUCUGGACAGCUGCAGUGUAGCAGAGCUCAGACACUCAGCGUCAAGACUCCACCGAGGAUCGAGGGUUUUUCACAGAGUGGGGUUAUAAAGUAAACCAAAUAAGGGUGAAAAAAGAUGCUUUAUCUUCGAGAAUACUUCAAUAGUUUUUAAUAUUACAGAAAACUGAAUACUCUGCAGCUUUUUUCAAGUUAUCUGGUUCACUUUCUUUGUCAACCUGCUUCGUUCAAUACCCUCCUUCAGUGAGGAACAUUAGUUCUAGUCAUUCACAGCUGUUUUGCUGACGUUUACUGGGAUGUACAGGUGUCAUUUUGGGUUUUUCUUGUGUCCGUGUUGCUCUCUGUCUCUUCUUGUGCCUGACAUGGUUUAAAGUCCAGAGGAGCCAGACUGCAGCUGGUUGCAGUUUACAGCCACAUAAACUGCAGCAACUUCCAUAGCUAGGCCUUUAACAGAAUUAAUUUAAAUAUUUUAUAAUGUGCUAAUUAUUUUUAUAAAAUGCAGAUUCUAGUUUAGUUUACCAGCAUUAUAGAGUAUUGUGAAGUAUAAUGUACUUUACUCCUGUGCCAAAAGCCUAUUUUAGUCAGAGUACAACCAUGCAAAAGUAGCCUGAUGAUCUUAAUACGAGAGGAAAAAAUAUGAUUGACACUGUGAUAUGAUUCAUAUUGUGAUAUUUUAAUGUAUUUAUUGAAAGUGGAUUGUUAAAUAGAUAGAUGAGAGACCAUUUACUGUUAAUCUGUGCCACUUGUGUCAAGUUUAUUUCUUUCCAUCAUCGGUUGUAGAAGUGUUUUUAAGAUCAUAAGUAUUUAAUUGCUGUAUUUCACUGUGAGUCUAAAUGACUGAAUGACACCGAUUCAUUUAGACAAAAUGUCCUCAGACCUCUAUUUCCCUCUCAGCAGAAACACAUCUGUUUAUCAGGUCACAUCCUAACACCAGACUCCUGCCAAUCAAUGGUAAUAUGUACUAUUUGGACUCUUCAAUUUGUGAUUCUCUCUUCACCAGUAGUUCCCAAGCUGGUGUUUAGGACCCCUCUGAUGAUAAAUCUGUGGGAAUGCAGGGCGGUCAACUGGAAAUAAAUUGGAAAAUAUCCUUCAGGGUUACAUUUGCAUUCAUUUUUACAAUAAAUUCACACAAUCCUUAGACAUGUUAGUGAUGAGGAGUCACUGUUUGGUUUACAGUAAAACAAAGGUUGAGAGUCAGAGUCUGUUCAGAUUUCUAAUUUCAGUUCCAUGUUUCAUUCAGGGUUUUACUUCUCACUCAUGUGCCUUUUGCUGUUGUGUUCGCUGGUAAAUAUUUCUGGAAAAGUAUCUUAAGUACUCUUUAAUCAUCUUGCAAGCAAGUUGAAAUCUCUGUGGUCCAGUCAUGUUAGUUUUUAUAAUUACAAAUAUAAACUUCUUGUCCUCGUUGUCACACUAAAACUGUCAUAAUCUCGAAGCAUUACUGUCGUGAUUGUAUCAAAAGGAUGAUGGGUUUCAUUUUUCUGUUUACAAACUAUUAAUCUUGUUUUGCACUCUUCUGUCUGACCAAACAAAAUACUGGUUUUCUUUAUUGCCAAAUACACAAGAGAAAACUAUAUUGUGAAAGUAAAUCAGUGUAUUCCGAGGCUGUGUAUGUUCGGGUGUGUGUCUCUGUGGUUCAUUGUGAAGAAGCUUGUGCAAUAAUCACCAUCCCCUCUCUUUUGUCUGUGCUGAAUGUGAAGUCCUUUGUUGUAGGGGUAUUUCAAAACUCAUUAAAAGAAGCAUCUGAAACCUUGAAA